AUGGCGCCAACUGAUAAGCCGAUUCUGUUUCACUAUCCGCCGUCAAUCUACUCUCAUCGCGUCCUAUGGUAUCUCUGGCUUCGUGGCAUCGCGUAUGAUGAGUGCGUCCAGCCUCCGGUAAUGCCGCGUCCAGAUCUUGCUUCGAUCGGCGUGGGUUACCGCAAGAUUCCUAUCCUGGCGAUUGGGAAAGACGUCUACUGUGAUUCGCGCCUCAUCAUCUCUAAGCUCGAGGAGUUGUAUUCUGGCAGCACUCUGACGCCUUCUACCCCGGGUGAAGCAGGAAUACGGAAGCUAUUCGAGAAUCUCUCGGUUGAUGGUGGGGUCUUCGCGAAUGUGGUAAGGCUGAUGCCAUAUUGGAGCGACUCGGGACUGCUGCAGAACAAGGUCUUCCUUGACGAUCGACAGAAGUUGUCGGGUGGGAGGCGCAUGACAAAAGAGGCUAUGGAGGCUGGCCGGCCGGAUGGCUUGCAGAAUAUUCGCAAUGUUUUCGAUCUGUUCGAAAGCACGUUCCUCGCUGACGGCCGGGAAUGGAUCCUAGGCACGAACGAGCCGACUGUUGCAGACAUUGACGCGGUGUGGCCGUUUGAGUGGAUGAUCGUUGAUCCGUAUAUGAAAGAGUGCUUGCCUCAGCAGAACUUCAAUGAUCGAAUAUACCCGAAAGUAUAUGCGUGGGUCAGGCGUUUCAUGGAUCUCGUGGCAGAGAAAAAGCAGGCGUAUGCUAUGCCUACAACGCUUGAUGGCGAAGCUAUGGCCAGUCAGACUCUGAGCGCCUCUUCGCCUGCCGAUGAUAUUGGCUUCAUCAACGAUGACCCACUAGACUUCAAACAAGGUGAUGAGGUCCAGAUAUUUCCCUCAGACUACGGACAGAUGGGCGUCAGCGUUGGUAAGCUUGUCGGUCUGAGUACAAACGAGGUUGUCAUCGAGAACGACAAAGGUCUGCACCUGCAUUUCCCGCGAUGGAACUUUAGUAUCAAGAAGGUCUCUACUAGCAUCGCAAGAGCCCCAUCUACUAUCAGCGAAGCACAAGCGAUCCCCAAGAUGCGUCUCAUCUACCACCAUCAGUCACCAUACACGCGAAAAGCUUUUAUGCUUGCCCACGAACUCGGUCUGGCAAAACACAUCACGCUACAGAAGGUUGUAGUAUGUCCCGUACCAAUUGCCGGCUGGAGCGACAACAACGACGACGUGUCCGUGUUCAACCCCAUGACCAAAAUUCCGUGCCUAGUUCCGGACAAUGUACCAGACGGUAUCUACGACUCCAGAAUCAUCUGCGAGUACCUGGAGCACAUGGCAUCCGUCACACGAACAAAAGACGCGCAAUACUGGCAGUUGCACACACUUCACGCGUGCGCAGACGGCAUAAUGGACGCCGCCAUACUCAUCACGUACGAAGUACGCAUCCGCAAGGAACGCAACCUGUACUUUGACGAGUGGGUCGAAGGCCAGAAGCAGAAGAUUGUCCGUGGCUUGGAUAGACUGCAAGUUGCAGCCAAGGACGGCAUAUUACCGGACCCAAGUGCAGCACCAGCAACGGCGGAUGAGGUGGCUGUCGCCGUGGCUACCGCUAUGACGGGCAAUAUGGGUCAUCUGGGAAUUGACUGGAGCAAGGGCAGGCCGCAGUUGGAGGCAUGGAUGAAGAAGUGGGAGAGUCGGCCGAGUUUUGUGGCGACGCCGCCGUUAAAGGAGUGGGGCACCAGUGUGGAUAUUAAGACUGCCUCGAAGAUGUAG